UCCACUCUCGGUCCAAACCCUAUAUGUCACGGCCAAGCGCCCAGAUGGGAAAACUCUUUGGCUUUAACUGCGAGAAGAGAAUCCGUUACAAUUUUCCAUGGCUUACUGUUACAGUACAGAUGAAUCAAAAUGGUUAAGAGCCACCAUAACCUUUGCGCUUGCAGCGCUCUCCGCCUGCACCGCCUUUUCUUUGUAUUUGUUGAAAAGAAAAACAAGGGAUUUGGAUUCCAAGAUUGGUGAGCUCCAGAAAUCUCUCAAGGCCUCCUCAGACAUAUGUGGUGCCGAACGGCAAGGUCGAAUUCGGGCUCAGCAGGCUUUGAGAGAAGCGCUGACGCAACCUAAGUUGGAUAGUUUGGAGCUGACUUCUUACCCCAUGGCACCUAUUGGUGUCAUCCAGUCAUGCUUCUCUACCAGGAAUGGGACCCCUCGACAACCUCUACUUGUUCCUCUUUCCAGGGCCUGUUUGAUUUUUAAUUCAGCUCGUGUUCCUCCAGCUUCGCUUGAGGGUCUUGGAGAAUAUUCUCACUGCUGGGUUAUAUAUGUUUUCCAUCUAAAUACAAAUCUGGAGAAGCUUUGGAAGGAUCCGACUAAGUCAAGGUUCAAGGCCAAGGUGAGGGUACCAAGACUAAACGGUGAAAGGAGGGGAGUCUUUGCAACACGAUCUCCACACAGGCCAUGCCCCAUUGGACUCACUGUUGCCAAGGUGGAAGCUGUACACAGGAGUAUGCUUCUACUCUCUGGUGUGGAUUUGGUUGAUGGGACACCAGUACUUGAUGUCAAACCUUAUCUCCCCUACAGUGACAGCAUCCAAGGAGCAAGAGUGCCAAAGUGGUUAACGGGGGACAGUGUUUUAGCAGUAGCUUCUGUUAGUUUCUCGGAGGGCUUCACUUCAACACUCGCUGAUUGCUGGGAAAUAUCAGGAAAGAAUUCACUCUAUGCUUCACCAGAUGAGUUCCAAAACUUGAUCAAGCAGGUGCUUUCAUGGGAUAUUCGCUCAUUGUCUCAACGAAAUCGACCUCAUGAUUCCUUCACCAAGUCAGAAAAUGGGAAACAAUUGAACGAAUGUUCAGAUUACCACCCUGGUGAAGAAGCUUCUAGCCCUGGAAGCGAACAGCCACCGCAGUCUCCCAGAGACAUAAUAUAUCACCUGACUCUAGAAGGAUUGGAUGUUUCAUACAGACUUGAUUGUGAUGGCAGUGUUGUUGUAGAGAAAGUGACAGAAGCAUUGAGCGUGACUAAUAGUAGUCAAAAGCGAUGUAAUUACUCUACAUGGAGAGACCAUUUCGUGCCCUUUGAGAACUGAUGUUGUGUUUCCACUUUUCUUUUCCUUUCCUUCUCCUUUAGCUUCUGUUUCCCCCUCUCGAGGAGCCUGAUCACCACUUUCUUCCAACUUCUUGUGCCCCUGAUUCCCUGGUUUCCUUCCUCCCUUCCACUUCCUUUCCACUUUUCCCCCUUUUUUCUUCCUUCUCUCCUCCUUUCCACUUUCCUUCUUCCUUCCUUCUGUGGUUUCUUCCCUUUUCCCUUUCUUUGCAUCUUCUUUCCAUCUUUUUCUCAUUUUUCUUCCACUUUCCUCGCAUUCAAUCCAUCUUCCACCCAAUCAACCCCAUGCCUCUUCGACUGCACAUCUUGGUUUGGCUUCUCCAUCUUUGUACCGAGAUUUUUCUCGUUUCACCCAGAAGGUGCGUAGAGUUUUUGCUCGGAUGUUCACAACACCACCUUCCUUGGGAUUGCCUUUGAUGGCAUUGUUGCUAGUGGGUUGCUCUUU